AACAAAAACCAAAGCAGUGAAGUGUUGGAGAAGCAAUCAAACUACGAAUGACAUCUUCUCCCGAGAUGAGGCGUUCAGCCCAUCUCGUUUAUGCUCUUGGUUUCGUUAUCAUGGCAACAAUGGUUGCUGCUUCUUAUGAGCCCUACACUUAUAGCUCUCCACCACCACCAAUGUACAAAUCUCCACCACCUCCUUACGUAUACAGCUCUCCACCUCCACCAUACUAUUCGCCAUCUCCUAAAGUGGAUUAUAAAUCUCCACCACCUCCUUACGUCUACAGUUCUCCACCACCACCCCCAUACUACUCACCUUCUCCAAAGGUGGAUUACAAAUCUCCACCACCUCCUUACGUCUAUAGUUCGCCACCACCACCAUCUUACUCACCUUCUCCAAAAGUGGACUACAAAUCUCCACCACCUCCUUACGUCUACAGCUUCCCACCACCACAUCCAUACGUGUACAGUUCUCCACCCCCACCACCAUACUACUCACCUUCUCCUAAGGUAGACUACAAGUCUCCACCACUUCCUUAUGUCUAUAGCUCUCCACCACCACCCCUUUACGUUUACAACUCACCACCACCACCCCCAUACUACUCACCCUCUCCUAAAAUUGAUUACAAAUCUCCUCCACCACCUUAUGUCUACACUUCUCCACCACCACCACCAUACUAUUCACCUUCUCCAAAACCAGCACACAAAUCUCCACCACCUCCAUACAUUUACAACUCUCCACCACCACCAUACUACUCACCUUCUCCUAAGGUUGAUUACAAAUCUCCACCACCUCCUUACGUCUACAGCUCUCCACCACCACCAUAUUACUCACCUUCGCCUAAGCCAAUAUACAAAUCUCCACCUCCACCAUAUGUUUACAGCUCCCCACCACCACCAUACUACUCGCCUUCACCCAAACCCACAUACAAAUCUCCACCUCCACCAUACGUUUACAGCUCUCCACCACCACCUUAUUACUCUCCUUCACCCAAACCAUCAUACAAAUCUCCACCACCUCCAUACAUUUACAGCUCUCCACCACCACCAUACUAUUCCCCUUCUCCUAAACCCGCAUACAAAUCUCCACCACCACCAUAUGUCUACAGCUCUCCACCACCACCAUACUAUUCUCCUUCUCCUAUACCCGCAUACAAAUCUCCACCACCACCAUAUGUCUACAGCUCUCCACCACCACCAUACUACUCGCCUUCACCCAAGCCCGUAUACAAGUCUCCACCACCUCCAUACGUUUACAGCUCUCCACCACCACCAUACUAUUCUCCUUCUCCUAACCCCGCAUACAAAUCUCCACCACCACCAUAUGUCUACAGCUCUCCACCACCACCAUACUAUUCUCCUUCUCCUAAACCCGCAUACAAAUCUCCACCACCACCAUAUGUCUACAACUCUCCACCACCACCAUACUACUCGCCUUCACCCAAGCCCGUAUACAAGUCUCCACCACCGCCAUACAUCUACAGCUCCCCACCCCCACCUUAUUAUUCUCCAUCACCUAAACCUGUAUACAAAACUCCACCACCUCCGUAUGUCUACAGCUCUCCGCCCCCACCAUACUACUCUCCUUCUCCUAAGCCCGCAUACAAAUCUCCUCCACCACCAUAUGUCUACAGUUCUCCUCCACCGCCAUACUAUUUUCCUACUCCCAAGCCCGCAUACAAAUCACCACCACCACCAUAUGUGUACAGUUCUCCCCCACCACCAUACUAUUCUCCUUCCCCCAAGCCCUCGUACAAAUCUCCACCACCACCAUAUGUCUACAGCUCCCCACCUCCACCUUAUUACUCUCCUUCACCAAAACCUGCAUACAAAUCUCCACCACCACCAUAUGUUUACAACUCUCCACCACCACCAUACUAUUCACCAUCACCUAAGGUGGUAUACAAAUCGCCACCACACCCACAUGUUUGUGUUUGUCCACCUCCUCCUCCAUGUUACUCUCCUUCUCCAAAGAUUGAGUACAAAUCUCCUCCAACACCAUAUGUUUACCAUUCUCCACCUCCCCCACCUUAUUACUCACCUUCACCUAAACAUGCAUACAAAUCUCCUCCACCACCAUACGUUUACAGCUCUCCACCACCACCAUACUACUCGCCUACUCCUAAGCAUGCAUACAAAUCUCCUCCACCACCAUACGUUUACAGCUCCCCACCACCACCUUACUACUCUCCUUCCCCUAAGCCCACAUACAAAUCUCCUCCACCACCAUAUGUCUAUAGCUCUCCACCCCCACCACCGUAUUACUCCCCUUCUCCAAAGGUUGAAUACAAAUCUCCUCCACCACCCUAUGUUUACAGCUCUCCACCUCCACCACUGUAUUACUCUCCUUCUCCAAAGGUGGAGUACAAAUCUCCUCCACCACCGUAUGUUUACAGCUCUCCUCCCCCACCACCAUAUUACUCUCCAUCCCCAAAGGUCGAGUACAAAUCUCCACCACCACCGUAUGUCUACAGCUCUCCACCCCCACCACCAUAUUACUCUCCUUCUCCAAAGGUCGAGUACAAAUCUCCUCCACCACAGUAUGUCUACAGCUCUCCACCCCCACCACCAUAUUACUCUCCUUCUCCAAAGGUCGAGUACAAAUCUCCUCCUCCACCAUAUGUCUACAGCUCUCCACCUCCACCACCAUAUUACUCCCCUUCUCCAAAGGUUGAGUACAAAUCUCCUCCACCACCAUAUGUCUACAGCUCUCCACCUCCACCACCAUAUUACUCUCCUUCUCCAAAGAUUGAGUACAAAUCUCCUCCACCACCUUAUGUCUACAGUUCACCACCUCCACCAGCGGUUUACUCUCCAUCACCAAAGGUUGACUACAAAUCGCCACCACCACCAUAUGUCUACACAUCUCCACCACCACCAACAUACUCUCCAUCUCCAAACGCCGAAUACAAAUCUCCUCCUCCACCUUCGUAUUAUUAAGCUCGUUCUAUGUAACUCAUAAGUAAGAUACCAAGUCUCAUCUGAUGUUCUAUCUUUUUAUUUUUUGUGUGUCUAGUCCUUUUUAAUUUCCAAGGUUCGAAUGAAUUCUUUGGCUAUUGAAAUUUGAUUUAAAUUCAUGUUUCCAUUGUCUUUUUUAUGGGCUGUAGGUUGCCUUUAAUCCAUAUGUAAGUUUGUUGCAGUUCUAUACAUUAUGUUCUUGACCUUAUUGUUUGGGAUA